GCUAGCAACUGCCGAAUAUCUGCAGUGCAUAAUACAAGUUGUGCAAUGUACGUUCUUUCAAUAUUUCUCACCGAAACCGCAAAGCUUGCUUCCGAGCACCGCUAAAAUGCCCGAAUGCGUGCGCGACUUUGCUAACAUACAGUCGGAGAUUGACAAGGUGACAAACGAGAUCAAUGAUGUCAACGCGCAAGCGAGCAAGGCAGAAGCCAAGGUGGAGAAGGCAGAAGCAGAAGUGGAGAAGGCAGAUGCAGAAGUCGAGAAGGCAAGGGCGACCUUUCGCAAAAUAGCCAAGGAGCUGAAGCACCCGGAUCUCAGCGAGAAGGAGCGGGCGGCGCUGGUUGCGGAGCAGGAGUCGUGCGCCGCGGACUUGACAGCUGCCGAGAGAAAACUGGAGCGGCUGAGCAAGGACCUGGAGCAGCUGCGCACAAAGGAGGAGCUGAUGCGCAGGAAGGAAGAGCGGCUGCGCAAGGAGAAGGAGGAGCUGCGCACGGACCUGCGCAAGAAGGAGGAGAGGCUGCAACAGGACGGCGCUGUGGCUAUCCUGAACGUGGGGAGCGCGGCAGGAGCCGACGUGAAGAAGAAGCUGUCCCCAUAUGAGAUCAUGGACAAGGUCUACAAGGACGCCACGUACACGGCGCCCGUCCGUGUACGCGGCGACCUCAUGCCGGUCACGCUGGAGGAAAAGAAGAAAAGCUGACUAGCAGUGGCCGGCGAGGCGGGCAUCGCGGCCCUCCGUCUCUGCGGCCCGGUGCUGGUCCUGCGUGCGGGGCAUCGGCGGCUGGUACACGCCGCCUGUGCUCCUCAUCAUCGGGCUUGUCCUGGCGGCAAUGUGGGCCAUUGGGCUGUGUGUGUUCAUGGCGGCGGUGCUGUCAGAGAUCCGGGUGUGCUACCGCGCCACCAUGUUCUGCGGAUUGGUUAUCCUAGCGAACAUAUGUGUGCUGAUGUAUUUCGACUGGAACGAUUUGCCUUUCCGGGAGGCUGCGCGGCGGGUGCUGGACGCUGCCAGCUUUACUUAUACUUUGUUGAAGAACGAGGUGCGCGACGUGGCAAAGGACAUCGGCUUUGACAUGUUCGCUUUCGAGUUCAGCCAGCAAUGCUUUAAGCUAGCGUUCAAGUUGGUGUACAAGCGCGUGCGCCAGGGCUGGGACUGGAUAAGGGGCCGCCGCCUGUGAGUAGCACGGACUGCUGCAGGCUGAGACCGGUUAGGAGAGGAAGUGGAGGGCGCCGCGCCGCCGCAAAGGCGGGGCAGACUUGAAGCAGGGCCGGGCGUUUGGAUGUUUGUUGGAGGAGGAUGGCCCGGAGACAGAUUGUGUGGGACAGGGGCACUUGCGGCUGUCAAGGUUGUCAGGCCCGAGUGCCAUCAGUUGUUGUCGUUUUUGUCGUGCUUUUGCAAGUUAGUGUACAAGCAGGUGCGCCAGGGCUGGGACUGGAUAACGGGCCGCCGCCUAUGAGUAGGACGGACUGCUUCAGGGUGAGACCGGUUAGGAGGGAUGAGAAGGGCGCCACGCCGCUGCAAAGGCAUGCAGCGCCACGCCCGCCUCCAUGACUACCGGUAGUGCGAGUGGGGGCUGAUGCAGGACACCACUGCUGUAAGCAUCUUGGGUUGCGCCUAUUGCAGCAUUCCCCUGUGGUACCGGUUUACUGGUCAGCCGAACCGGGUCUGAUAGCCACAGCGAGGUAGCAGGGAUGUAAGUGCGUGGCAGCCCUGAGCAGGUAUGAGGCACGGAACAGAUGUGAGGCAUUCAGGGAUAAUGUUGAUCACGUCUGCCUGGACCAAUGGCCACGGCUUCCAUUUGGCACUUUGGCUGCACUUGCUCGAGCAGGUCGAGGUAAAUACGGCGGGUCGGCAGCCUGCCCCAGGGAGGGCGGGAGGCGUGAGGGAUGCCAGGCCUGGCCAGGCACAAAGCGCCCAGGCACUGUUACCCGGGUCUUGAAAGGCUGAGCUGCUGAGGGGCAGACCGGGGCACACCGUUUGUUACAAGGCCUCGCAAAGAGCCAGAGACACUGAGACAGGAGUCAGUGCCAGAGUUCCGUUGAGGACUGUUGCGGCCGACACAUUGAAGCUUAGACCCGUCGGGCAUCUAAGCUUUGAACCGUCGCAGCCCGACCGGGGUUACUGCGGAAGUGGGGCGCCACCACCAAAUUCUUCAUAACCUCGAGGAAACACACAACCGCGGUAACCACAAGCUCACUUACUGUUGCAUCUGCGCACUACCGUAUUUCCUGUUGUAACCCCUGAAGCGUAUUGGGCGUGAUCGCGUAGUCAUGUCGUGAGCUGGCGUGUGACCGUGCAUAUCGUGUGACUGAGUGAUUUGGGUGUGGUUUUGGCGUGUGGGAAUAGGGGAACGUGCCCGAGGACUGGUUGGCCCGACACGGUGUAUUGCAUGGGAGGCCGGAGUACGGGUGAUCAGGGAGAGGAUCGCGUCUGAGAGCGGCUGGAGGCGUCUCUCAUUCCGAUCCUAGG